AGUGUUUUUCACAGUGCCAAUUAUUUGUCCACAAGUGAUGCCCUUAUGUCAGCACGUCACUGCAACCUUAAUCUGGGUGCCGUGUGUGGGGUUGAGUCUUCCAAUGACUUCGAUCCGGCAAAUGAUCGACUUCUUCGGCUACGGAAAAUGCCCGAACACAACGUCAAAGGAGCAGAGAAGCAGAGACACUGACAGAAACUGAUUGACAGAAACUGGGGACGCCCGCCGACCGGGAACGGGGGAACUCCCCCAAUAUCGCUUGCGUCGCUUGUCCAGGCUACUACCGAUGCCUCUCAGAACAAGUAAUGAUUGUCUCGUUACCAGCUUCCUCAAACUCUUCUCCUGCAGCGCGAGGUUGCUUUUCUUAUAUUACCCAGCGAGGCACAGAGAGGCACUGGUGCCCUGAAGGGUCCUUUGGGUGCUGGGAUUUGGAUCCAAGCUCUCAUCUUGGAGUGCCAGUCAAUUUCAUGCCGUCUUUCUCACCUCGCCAAGUGGCCAGCCUAACUCACCUCGUCAACGCAGGGCAGCAUUUACUUCGGGGACUAUCGGUCUUUGUAUCUCAAGUGUGGUCUUGUCUCUGACCUCGUUCCGGGUUUCGCUCUUCGGAUCCAGACUCGGCCGCCUGGGGUUCACGACGUCUGCUUUGUCUUUACAACUUGCUCGCUCUUUGCGUAUCAUUUUCAAUUUAUCCACUGUUAAAAAUAAACAGCAGAUAUCUUGGGGUUACAUACACAUUGCCAGUAGUCUGGCUGCUAUGGUCUGAGUGGAACACUGGGUCUCUACUACGCUACCUAUCCACAUACAUCCAUACCAGCCAACCUUAGCUCCCCACCCUAUACUUACACAUGCGUCCAAUGCGGGCAAAAGUCGGCAACCUCUGGGUUGGCAUCAUGGACCGACGGCAUGGAGCACGAAGAAUUCAACCCAACCAGACGCCACAGACGGAGAAAGCUACCGGAGAAGCCGCAAGAAACACGGGGGUAGACGUCACCAAGCCUGCCGUGGCUGUCAGGGGCUGAUGACUGAUGGCUCUGCAAGCUGAAAAUUCCUGCUUUGCCAACCCACUCAACCCCCCUUCUCGGCCAACCUUUACAGACUAGCUUACGGACCGAAGGGGUAGGUGGGAAUACGAUCACUUCGACCUGGGGAGUUCUCUGGGGGCGUCCAAAACAUAAGGUCUCCAUGCUGGCUGGCAGAACCUGUCCCUCAUUCGUGCGUCUGAGCGGCGUUGUACAGUCGUACGGGGGGGCUCAGACAGUCAGACAGACACGGCCCAACCCGAGCCAUGUAGCAUCGUCGGCGUCACGAGUGACACUUUUGGGAGAUGGUUGGCAGCACGGCAAGUAGCUGCAUGUCAUGGUCUUUGUGGGGAAAGGAUGCGCAGAAAAUGAGCAUGGUCUGUUUCUGGAUACCAAUUCAUAUCCCAGGAUUCCUACCUUCCUCGAACUUAUCAGGGGGCAAUAUCGGCGUCAUUAUGUUAUGCAGAAGGCGGUCGACGGCAAUAUCGGCGUCGUAGUCUGCCCAAUUUGUUGGGUGAUGGGACCAGGAAAGGCAGGUGUUGUUCCUUGAGGUUGGCUUCAAGUCUGGAAACUGGUAACUAUAAAGAGUCCCAGGUUUUCCGUUCCUCUGGGACUUUGAUCGACAGCGGCUCUCUCAGAUCCAAACUUUCAACGGAAGCAUCCUCCAACCUCUUCUUUGAUUUCAGUAUCACAUCAUCUCUCUUGUGUCACUUCAUCUCAUACAACAUGAAGGUCUCUUUCCUCACCACUCUCUUCCUGAGCGUCGCCCUCGCUCUCGAGACUCCUGUUCUCGAAAGACGGGCACGUGCCGGUACCCUUCGCAAAUUCAACGGCGCCGCUCCCCCCCCUCGUGCUGCCAAAGUCCCCUCCAGCGCUCCCGCCGGCUACAAGACAAGCGUAGCCACAGCCAACGUUAAGCUGUCAGUCGACUCGCUCACUCCUGCCACCCUCCGCCGCAGGGAGGACCAGGUGGAGACCCGUCAAGUUUCUGCCAGUGAUUUCUUUGAAUGCUACAAUGCCAACCCCGCCCCCCGACCCCAAGACUGCGACGUAAUCGUCGACCAAGUCUCCAGCUCCAACGACCUGCUCAUCGUCUCGGCCAGCUCGUGUCUUGUCUUCUCUUUUGGCACCUGCCAGGCCUUCUUCUGCAGCUUGUGCACCACCCUGACGACAGACACCAACUUUAUCGCCGAUCAGCUCGAUAUUGUUGAUGCGCUGUGUGUCGAGGGCGGGCAGACGGGAUCGAUUGUGGGCGAGGAUGCCCCUCAGUGGGAUGCCGGGUUUACUUAUGCUGGUGCUGGGUUGCCUUUUUAUGAUGUUUGCUGAGUUGGCGGUGGACUCGGGAUCGUGUAAGAUUGCGAUUUAGGGGGUCCCGUGCUGCCUUCGGGUGAGACGUUUGAAUCUUUUUUUAAAGGUUUUGUGCUAUUUAGAUCUCUGCAUGGUGGUGUUGGCCAGUCAUUUCCGGUAUAUGAGGUACCUCUGUAGCUUUGGUAGCACGUUAGACAAUGAGGAAGAAAUCUGUGUUGAGCAUCUAGGCUAAAAUAGUUGUGUCAUGCUCCGGGUGUCUCCAAUAGAAUUUCCGAACACUAUCUACCUGUUCUA